ACGUAUCAUCGUCGAUGGGUUCCCUACAAUUUAGUGGAAUUCAGCUUGUCAUCUGUGUCGAUCGUAAGGAGUGUCCUGUCUGCUGUGAGAUUUGGAUGUACUGCUGUUGUUAAAUCAAGAAAUAUGAGUAUCAACGACGAAAAUUUCCGUAUUUUUGCGUAUUGGUCGUCAAUACUGGUGCUGAAGGUCCUGGGGAUGGUCGUGGUGAUAGGGAGAUGGCGUUGGGGAAAAAGGAUCUUUAUAUCUCCAGAAGACACCAUAUUUCUUAAAGGCUCGAAGAUAGGCGAGAAUGAUCCGGAUGUUGAAAGGGCUCGCAGGGCUCAUCUCAAUGAUUUGGAGAAUAUUUUCCCUUGGGCGGUAUCAACAGCUCUCUGGCUCACGACUUCUCCAAGCACAUGGCUAGCAGCUCUCUUGAUCAAAACCUUUGCUAUUUCUCGGAUUGUACACUCCAUUGUUUAUGCAGUUAUUGUUAUUCCUCAACCUGCCAGAUUCCUUGCUUUUGGGCUUGGAUUUGGUAUCACUGUUUAUCAAUCUGUCGACACAUUUCUUUAUUAUUAUUAUACGUGAGGAGAGAAUGGUUUUAUUGUAGUUGAUGUAGAAUGUAUGGGGAAGGAGAAAUAUUAAAUCAGAAAAUGUUAUUUA